UACACCCAGUUUUAUGCCAUAAAUUUUUGCAUCUGAUAUUUUCUCGCUCGUAUCUCUCAAACUUAACCAAGUGUCAUCUCGUUUCUUCGACCUUACACACAAGAUAACAAGAAUUACAUUGAAAGCGACAAAAUUUCCCAGAAUCCACUACCAGCCAAUUUGUCUCCAAGAAACUCCAAGAAUUCAGAGAAACAAGUGCAGCUGUGAUUUCCAUUUCUGUCUUGAAAAGCUAAUUGGGAAUAAUAUAGAUUUUUAAUCUCUAAAUGGCUCAAGAUACAACUUCUGAUGCUGAAUCACCGAGGCCGCGGUCUGGUCUUUUGCGAGAUCAGGUCCAACUUGUUAAAAGAAAGGACUGUGAUCGAUAUGAGAUUGUCCCAAUUCAAGAUAUACUGUCAUUUGAAAAAGGUUUCUUUAUAGUUAUCCGGGCAUGUCAGCUGUUGGCUCAAAAGAAUGAUGGGAUAAUACUGGUUGGAGUAGCAGGUCCCUCUGGAGCUGGUAAGACUGUUUUCACGGAGAAAGUACUCAACUUUAUGCCCAGCAUUGCUGUUAUUUCAAUGGACAACUACAAUGAUGCUAGUCGUAUCAUUGAUGGCAACUUCGACGAUCCACGCCUGACAGAUUAUGACACAAUGCUUGAAAACAUACAUGGUUUAAAAGCAGGCAAUCCUGUUGAAGUUCCAGUAUAUGAUUUCAAGUCUAGCUCUCGCACAGGUUACAGGACGGUAGAGGUCCCUAGCUCCCGUAUUGUGCUCAUUGAGGGUAUAUAUGCCUUAAGUGAGAGAUUGCGGCCUUUGUUAGAUCUCCGUGUGUCUAUAACUGGUGGAGUUCACUUUGACCUUGUCAAACGGGUGUUACGGGACAUUCAACGUGCCGGCCAAGAUCCUGCAGAAAUUAUCCAUCAAAUUUCUGAAACGGUGUAUCCUAUGUACAAGGCCUUUAUUGAGCCAGAUCUCCAGACAGCACAUAUAAAAAUCACCAACAAGUUCAAUCCCUUCACUGGUUUUCAAAACCCGACAUAUAUUUUAAAGUCAAUUAAGGCAGUGACAGUGGAUCAGAUCAAAGCUGUUCUUUCUGAUGAUCACAAAGAAACCAAAGAAGAAACUUAUGACAUAUAUCUUUUACCACCAGGAGAAGAUCCUGAAGCAUGUCAAUCGUAUCUAAGGAUGAGGAACAGGGAUGGCAAAUACAAUCUCAUGUUUGAGGAAUGGGUUACGGAUAGUCCCUUCAUAAUAUCACCUCGAAUAACUUUUGAAGUUAGUGUGCGCCUUCUUGGAGGUCUCAUGGCCUUGGGGUAUACAAUUGCAUCCAUCUUGAAAAGAAGCAGCCAUAUCUUCUGUGAUGAUAAGAUUUGCGUGAAAACUGAUUGGUUGGAGCAAAUUAAUCGCCAAUAUGUUCAGGUGCAAGGAAAGGAUCGGUUAUAUGUUAAAUAUGUCGCAGAGCAGCUCGAUCUGGACGGUUCAUAUGUUCCUCGUACUUACAUUGAACAAAUUCAGCUGGAGAAACUUGUAAAUGAUGUCAUGGCCUUGCCAGAUGAUUUGAAGACAAAGCUCAGCAUAGAUGAUGAUUUUGUUUCAAGCCCAAAGGAAGCCCUUUCUCGAGCCUCAGCAGACAGGAGAACCAAGUAUCUCAACCGCGGUGCAUCACACUCUUUCUCAAAUCAAAGGGACAAGACAAUGUCCAAGCUAACAAGACUUGCUGUUAACAGUAGAAGGUUUGAUGGAAGAGCCCUGGAAUCACCUCAAGCACUUUCAAACCAGGGGGUUAUAACUCAACUUUCAGAACAAAUUUCUACACUGAAUGAGAGGAUGGAUGAGUUUACGUCUCGUGUUGAAGAACUCAACUCCAAGUUCUCAGUCAGAAAAGUUUCAGCUAGCCAGCAGAAUUUGGCUUUGCAGGCUGAAGCCUGCACUGGAUCUGGACCCACUUCUCAUUUUGUAACUGGCUUAAGUAAUGGCUCAUUGGCAGGAUCUCUACUGCCCCAUUCUUCUUCGUCAUCACAAUUGGUCAAGGAGUCUCCACUGAUGGAAGAGAUGCUAGCAAUCACACGGAGCCAACGCCAGAUCAUGCACCAAAUAGACAAUUUGAGCAAUCUUUUGCGAGAAUAUUCAGGGGAAAGGCUUCGCCAAGGAAGAGCAGAUAGUAGUGGAAGAGUGACUGAUAUUGACUCAAUUGUCCCAGUUAUUCUUACUUUGGCAAUUGGUGGAUUAGGUUUCUUCUUCUUCAGGAGUCUGACUUCCCCAAAAUAAUUUCAUGCCAAGCAGCUGACUGUCAGCAUAAAAUCUUAUACACCCUUGUUUUUAUUAUAAACCCCUGUGCUCCAAAUAGAUUUCUAGGGUUGAUUUAGUGUGGUCUGGCCGUACUGUAAAUAGUUCGUAUACCGUAUACAUGUUGAAAAUGACAGUUGCAAUAGCACAGUAGUACAAGUCGAAGUGUUCCAAAUGA